CUCGACUUUGAAGUCCUGGCGCACGGAACCCACCCAUCCAACGGCCACCAUUGUUCCACACCCCCUUAUCCUCCCUCCUUCUCCACGCGCCAUCGUCCGUUCCUCUGAUCAGCAAUCGAUGAAGCAACCAUAUCACUUGCGGUUCGUUUUGUGGUCUGAUGGACACUGCAGACACGUUUCUGGCACGGGAUUCAGUUGUUUCGGCUUCGAAUUUGGCGCUUUCUGAAUGUCCCUGGUUGAUGUGAGUGAGAUUUCCAGAGGGCUUUGAGUUGGUGUGGUGUUAGUUGUGGUGAAGGCAAUUUCUGGAAUCCAGUAGCCAUGGCUGCUGCUACGGCGUGCGCUUCAACCGCGCUCGCAGGUCGCUCCUUGCUGCAGCUACAGAAUGAGCUCGUUCGCAAAGAGGGUGCUGUCAAGUGGACCACAGGCGCGAUACGGAGCCAGAGGAGCGUGCAGAGGCCAGCUUCUGGUAGCGAAAGCAAGCGGCAGUGCCAGGAUAGGAUCAAGGGCAUCGGAUCCCUGUCAAGUGAGACAGGCCCUUCCUUUCUGUCAAGUGAGGAAGAGUUUGGAGCUGGAGGUUAUACGAACGAGAAUGAUGGACUUUCCUUCGACCCCGAGACUUUCACCAGGAAUCUAGCGCUAGAGGUCACUCAGAGCCGAUUGGCAAUGCUUGCGUCUGUAGGUUGUCUGACUCCGGAGCUCCUCGGUCGGAAUGGCGUGGAAUAUGGUCAAGGGCAAAUUAUGGGGGCAGCCCUCGCUUGCCAAGUCUUAGUAGUGGCAGCUCUCGAGGGGUUCCGUGGCGCUGUGGGAGAAGAAUUGGGUGAUAUGAGUCCUGCUUUUGACCCAUUGGGCUUGGCUAGUAAUUCCGACACCUUCGUGGAUAUGAGUGUGAAGGAGAUCAAGAAUGGACGUCUCGCGCUGGUUUCGUUGCUUGGAUUCGGUGCACAAGGUAUUGUUACAGGUAAGGGGCCGGUACAGAACUUGAUAGACCAUGUCACAGAUCCCUUUGCCAAUAACCUGUUGGCGUUCGCUACGAGUUCCGCUCUUGGAAUUGCCGCCCUUGAACCCGUGCUGACGCGCACGUCAUUCGCGACCCUCUUUCUCACUACCCUAAUCCAAUGGGGAAGACCUCUGUAUGCAAAGAACGAAGUCGUGAAGAGCUUGGGCAAGAUCGGCACUGCCGUUGCAUACGGGUGUCUCACCGGGAUUCUGCUCAGCCGAUGGGCAACUUCAGGACACUUGCCCUUGAGCAACCUCUACGAGUCUUCAAUGUUUCUCUCUUGGUGCUUCUGUACUAUUCAGAUAGUCCUCGAGAACCAAAGCAAGAACGAAUGGAUAGGUAUAAUCACUGCCCCGAGCGCGCUUCUCACGAACGCAUUCGCAACCCUAGGGAUCCCCAAGGAUAUGCAGCAGUCCACUGCUCUAGUCCCCGCCCUCCAAUCCAACUGGCUCAUGAUGCACGUGUCGAUGAUGAUUUUCAGUUACGCGACGCUCAUGAUCGGGUCCCUGCUCGCCAUCGCUUUCCUUUUCGUGGAUACUAAGGAAGCCAGCCUCGAGUCGCAGCGUGGGAGAUUAGGCCAACAGCUGGAUCAUUACAGUUACCGCAGCAUUACCCUAGGAUUUCCUCUUCUGACCAUAGGCAUUCUUUCCGGAGCAGUGUGGGCAAAUGAAGCUUGGGGCUCGUACUGGAGCUGGGAUCCCAAGGAAACAUGGGCACUCAUCACCUGGCUCGUCUUCGCAAUCUACGUCCACACGAGAAUGAACAAAGGCUGGGAGGGGAAGAAGCCGGCUAUGGUGGCUGCCGGGGGCUUCUUCGUCACGUGGAUCUGUUACUUGGGCGUUAACUUGCUGGGAAAGGGAUUGCACAGCUACGGGUGGUUCUCAUAGAAUGAGCGUGAAUUUGUAGAAUUAUGUUGUGCCAUAUUAGAGUUAGUACGAGAGAGCCUCAUGACGGUUCUAUCCAAUUCUUUGAUGUUCGACUGAAUUGGCUUGAAGGGUGUGGUGAAGACCAUUCAAUAUGACAUGUGUACGCCUUUCUGUGGUUCCACCAUAAUUGUAGCUGCUUGGAUACUGCAAUGAUCGCAAUGAGAGGAGCUUUUACUGGAUGUAAGUUUGUUUCUGGAGGAUUUCGAAGUACAAUCGAUGCAAGAGAGUUUAGUGUGAGAACUAUCUGAGAUUAGUUUACUCUGGGUUUUGCGGUGGAUGGUUGCGGAGUCGAGAAUUGAAUGUUUGCUGACGAAGACCAUGGAGACUGAAGUGUAAAAUCGUAGUCAGGUGGAAAGACGGGUUCCCUUAGGCCCUCAAAGCUAACAGCGACUAAUGGGUUGUAAUGAAUAGCAUGUCUGAGCGACCACCGCUUUUAAUUCAGCAUUUUUCAUGUGGAUAAUUGCAUCCAUAACA